AUGAAUGGGCGUCGCCUGCCGUUGGAAUGGGUCCACCGCAUACGCACGAACAAGAGCGAACGCACGUACACAUUGCUGGACGCAGCUGCUUUGGUAUCGACCUCGCCGCUUGACUUCGGAAGCGCCGAAGAGGCACCGGACUUCACGGUGCUGAGUUUGUACAAGAUAUUUGGGUUCCCUGAUCUCGGCGCUCUGAUCGUCAGGAGAGCAUCAGCCUCGAUAUUCGACCAACGACGCUAUUUCGGUGGUGGCACUGUUGAAAUGGUUGUAUGUCUCAAGGAGCAAUGGCACGCGAGGAAGGCAGAUUCGCUGCAUGAAAGAUUGGAGGAUGGCACCCUGCCGAUCCACAGCAUCAUGGCGCUCGAUACUGCAAUGGCUCUCUACGACGGCCUUUUAUCGUUACAACACGGUAAUGGCGAGAAGGUGUGCCAUAUCUACAAGGAUCCUGCAUCUACAUAUGGCGAUGCCGGAUCACAAGGCCCGGUCAUUGCUUUUAACCUUCGGAAUGAGUCUGGUGGCUGGGUUAGCAACGCAGAGGUCGAGAAGCUCGCGGCCAUUCGGGAGAUCCAGCUACGUACUGGUGGGCUUUGCAAUCCCGGCGGUGUUGCAUCUUCGCUUCGGUUGGCGCCUUGGGAAAUGCGGGAAAAUUUCUCUGCUGGCCAAAGAUGUGGUAACGAUAACGACAUCAUCCGUGCGAAGCCAACUGGUAUGAUACGUGUGAGCCUCGGAGCGAUGAGUACACUGAAGGAUGUGAAGUCAUUUGUUGCUUUCGUGCGCGAGUUCUUCGUUCAGGACCCCCGCCCCACCGCUACAUCACCAAUGAUGACUGCUCGAGAUGAGCCCCCAACACAUGGUCGCCUACACGUGGAGCGCCUGUCUGUGUACCCUCUUAAAAGCUGUGCAGGAUACAGCGUGCCGCCCGGUGCGGGCUGGGAAGUGCGACCAGAAGGCCUUGCGUGGGAUCGCGAAUGGUGCCUCGUACAUCAGGGCACGGGAGCAGCUUUGAGUCAAAAGCGCUACCCAAAAAUGGCUCUGAUUCGCCCCAGCAUAGAUUUGGAUGAAGGCGUACUGCGUAUCAACUUAGCUGGUGCAUUGCGCGGUUCGACGAGUCUUGACGAGAUCACCGUGCCGCUUUCAGCAGAUCCACGAUUGUUCUCGAAUACAGACACGUACAAGGAGGCCGCCGCCAAAGUAUGCGGUGACACUGUCAGUGCCAAGACCUAUAGGUCGAGUAAGAUAUCAGCCUUCUUCUCACAAGCACUUGGUGUGGCUUGUCACCUUGCACGAUUCCCUGCCGUUAGCAACGGCAGUGGCUCGUCGAGACAUUCAAAGGCGCAUCUCCAGAAAUACCAGAAAAGUGGUGGCCUGCAGAUACCCGGCGCUUUUCCAAUUACGGCACCCACAACGCCCGGCGCGUGCGUUUCAAAACCGAUAUUGCUGUCAAAUGAGAGUCCCAUCCUCACAAUUUCACGGUCGAGCCUCAACCGCCUCAAUGAGUUGAUCAAAGCUGAGGGCGGCAAGGCGGCGCAAGCAGAAGUAUUUAGAGCCAACAUAGUGGUUGCGGAGAACCCUGACUACCCGCCUGGGCUGGAGGAUCCAUAUGCAGAAGACGACUGGCGCUACCUUCGGAUUGGCCAGCAGUAUUUCGAGAUGCUGGGAGCGUGCAGACGAUGCCAGAUGGUCUGCAUUGACCAGCAAACCGCCGAAAAGAACCAGGAGCCAUUUGUGACACUGUCCAAAACACGUCGUUUUGAUGGCCGUGUUUACUUUGGAGAGCACACGUGCCAUCUGCCUCUGGAGGACGCAUCGUCUGCAUUGGUUCAAAAUCCAACCAUUGCGGUUGGAGAUGCAGUGCGCCCAUAUCGGGAGGAUGAUGUCCACACUGACUGUCGGCUGCAUGCUCUCGUAGGCUGA